UUGCGGUCGUACGGGAUAAAGAUGAAUAAAAUAGUUUACUAUAUAGUUUUAGAAAGUGUAUGAUUACAUAUUUUCAGGGUUUUUACAACAAAUCUUCCCUAGUCAAUUGACCUCAGUAUAGACAUGCAGCAUGCAAAGGGUCCUUCUUCUCUCUAAACCCUAAUCGUCGGUGAAUUCUGAUCCCAAAACGAUUUCGCCUUUAAUCGUAAACCUACGCAAACCCUAAAUCUGGGAUUUUAUUUCUUCCUCUGUAAAACCUAAUUUGUCUCUCUGUUUGAGGCGAAUCCGAUUCGAUGUCACUCGUCCGUUGCUUAUCCCUCAGAUCGGUGCUUAACGCUCGCCGUUACCGAUCAUCUUAUGCUUGUCUUGUCCCCUUCAACUCUCGUCGCGAUGAAGAAGAAGAAGAAGAAGCUACACGCCGAUUUCCAGAAACUCGGAGUUACCACAGUUUCAUCCACCACCAGAGCUCGUUAAUUGGUGGUGUCUCAAACUUCUCCCGCAAUCGCUCUUCCUUCCACUCUCCCGCGAUUCCGUCUCAUCGCACCAUUUCGACCUUCAACUUCGCUGGCGCGAUCGGAACUGUUGAAAUCCUCACCGAUUGGGUUUUGAAAUCUGCGGUUUCUAAUGUCCAUGCUUUACACAAUGUUGCUGAUGCUCUUGCUUCACUUCAACACUUGCUUGCCUUGCUCAAUGCUUUCACAUUUUCUCAAUGGUGGGUGUGUAUCAUCGUCACAUCGCUUUUGAUUCGGGGAGUGACGAUUCCGGUUAUGAUUGAUUGGCUAAACAACAUUGCUGACUUUUUCAAGAAUGUUGGCUUGCACUCUGCUUCAGCGCAAGGGGAGGCUCUAAACAAGGCAUCACUUCUCACAAAAAGUGGAAGAGUAAUGUACACCGUGUUGGAAAAGGAGUUUCUUGGAGUGAAAGGAUCAAUCAGUGGCAAGGGCAUUCAGGUUCCUGUCUUCUGGCUUUCCACUGCAGAGUUAAGACAAAACAUGGCUGGGAUUCUUGUUUCCUGUCUUCGUGGUAAGACAUUUUCAGCGGAACUAAUCAGGAACAGAGUCUUGAGCAAAGGACGCUUAGUGAUAGUCGUUGGUGAUGGAUUCGGCCUUGAAAUCCAAAUCUUCGAUCUUGAUUUCUCUCUUAUCCUCAGGCGUCGUCAAGUCCAGAAACAGGCUCAGCAAUACCAUCAGUAUCUAUUGGAGUAGCAGGGAAACUAAUGCGACAAUGACAUAAAGCUACGAUUUAAUAACUUCGGAUUUCAUUCAGCAAUAAUUAUUUUUAUUUCUUUAUUUGUUGUUGGUUGAAAUUGAUUUCGUAACCUAUUGCGUAUUGAUGUUUACCUGUUGAUGAAGCAUGCGCAAUUUGUGAACAAAGCGUGUCUGGACUUUAGAGGACUCGAAAACUUUGGGAAAAUACUAAUAAUCAUUCUUAUUA